AUGGUCUCACUACCCGAAUUCAUCGGCCAGAUUGCUACUCUCCAGUACCUGCACCUCUAUGCUCUUGAUGAGCUCAACGUUCUUCCGGAUUCCCUCGGCCUCCUCUCUGGGCUGAUGGAGCUGAGAAUCGUUGACUGCUGGGAGUUGGAGGGUUUCCCGCAGUCUGUUUCGGCCAUGGGGUCCCUGACCAGCCUCGUUCUCGACGGCUGUGCUGUCAGGGCGCUGCCCGAAGACAUCGGGCAGCUUCAAAACUUGACUUUUAUGAAGCUGUCUUGCUCCAAACUCGUGGAUCUGCCCGAGUCUUUUGGGCAGCUUGGGAAGCUGAGGGGGCUGAUUCUGCAUGCGUGCUACGACCUGGGUGAACUCCCGGCCUCCUUCUCCAACCUCGCUUCACUGGAAGUACUGGAGAUAUAUGGCGCGCCCUAUCUUGAAGAGUUGCCUCUGGGGUUUGAGAACCUGCCGCAGCUGAGUAGACUGGAGCUGUUUAACUGCGCCAUUGGGAAACUCCCUAACGGGUUUGGAGGCCUGGGGAACUUGAAAGUAUUUAAGAUCGGUGCCAGGGAUAACCUGAGCGACCUGAGAGCGCUGAAAGCACUUGUUCUAGAGGAGUGCCGUGAAAUGUCCCUUCUUCCUGCCUGCCUGCCCGACCUCUCAAAUCUCGAACAGCUGACCAUCAAGUCUCUCCCGCUACUUACCCACCUGCCUGAAAACCUCGGGCAGCUGAAGGUUCUCAGCUUGCAUGUGAAAUCAUGCAAGGACUUGCAAGGCCUUCCUCCUUCCCUCACUCGCAUGACCUCCCUAAAAUCCCUGAGCAUUUUCGACUGUCCCCGCAUCACCAGCCUACCAGAUUCCAUCUCCACCCUCUCCCACCUCGCAUCUCUGAAGCUCGAGCACCUGCCUGGUCUGCACCAUGUCCCCCCCACUCUCCCCCUCCUCCCGUCCCUUGUCAAUCUUUCGCUACGAGGUUGCACUGGUCUACGUGACCUGCCCAACGACUUGGGCAGUUUGUCCUGUCUGAGGGAGGUGGAUCUGGACGGGUGUUCGCAGCUAGAGUGGACCUCUGACACCCCCCCGGUCGCCUGGUUCCUGUCGAACCUCCCCGGCUACCGCACUGGUGUGAACCCCCUCCUCCGCGGUGUCGAGGUCGGCCUUGCUCACGGCUACCUCCUCGUCGGCCCCUUCGUCUGCACUGGUCCUCUCCGCGGCACUGAGGUUGGCCAAGUCGCCGGUACCCUCGGCGCUGCUGCUCUGGUCGCCAUCCUGUCCAUGUGCCUGACCGUGUACGGCAUUGCCUCGUUCAAGGAGGGUGCUCCCUCCACCGGCUCCACUCUGACCCUCAGCGGCCGCACGAAGGAGGCUGACAAGCUCCAGACUGCUGACGGCUGGGCUUCAUUCGCUGGCGGCUUCUUCUUCGGUGGCCUGUCGGGUGUCGCCUGGGCAUACAUCCUGCUCUACGUUCUGGACCUGCCCUACCCCGUCAAGUAA